GUUCGAACGUCAUCUUAUCUCCUUCAAAACCACCGUUUCAAGCUGUAUUCAGUACAACGAAAAUUCACACCAUGUAUUAAACAAGGCCCAAAAUGUAAAACGACGCAUUGCAGUGUAUGGAUGAGUCAAAACACAGCAAUCGGUUCAUAAAAAAUUCCCCGCCAAUUCGAAGCUGGUUACGAAGGCUCCAGUUUCCGCGAGAUUUACAUGGGCAGUUCAAGAAGAGCAGAUUAAAAUAAUAGUGUUGAUAAAAAAGAAGCAGAAGAUGUCAAACUAGUAGUCUGAUCUUGGAAAUAAUUUCACUAUUCUAUACUGUAAUUAUUCAUAGUACUGUAAACUGCAUUAAAAUGGAGAGCAAAGCGAGAAAUGACGUUUUCAAGUCCGAUGGUCUGGGUAUCAAUGAGUGGACUGAUUUUUCAUCUGUCAAAAUGCAUCUCAAGACAACUUUACAAUGUCUUCAGAAGAAACAUAAAGGACUGACCUUGAAAAAAGUUCAGUACUUAGAGGAACUCUUUAGUCAUGUACUUGAUCACCACAGAAGCAGUGUAAAAGAACUUGAGGCAUUUAUAUUAGCUAUAGCACCACAUACAUUUAAUGAUCAUACCAUGUGUAAAAGAGCUUGGUGUCUUGAAUUACAAAAAAAUGUCAGCCAUGAAGGUAAAAUCAGCUUCAGUAAAAGACGUCUCAUCAUGGAUUUAAAAGACACAUUCUCUACUUUGGCUUACAAGUCAAGUGAACUUGUAAAGUCUUCUCAGAAUUUGAAUAAAGAAGCAAAUAUUGUUAAUAAAGUAACACUAAAGGAUAAUUCAGAUUUACUAAAGGAGAUCCAUGCACAUCAGCCAACAAAUGACAUUAAUAAGAAUAAGGAAGUUAAUGUUAUAAGUAGUGAUGGAGUUCAGGACAGCGAACCAUUAAAAAAAUUGAGACCAUCACAGAAGCGGAAAAGGAAUAUGACUGAAAAAAGUGAUCAUGAACCAGUACAGAAGAAAACAAGUUUCCACAGCAUUUCAGAUAUUGGAAAAAAUACCAAAGAAAAUAAAAAAAUUAAAGUACCCAGUGUAACUACAAAACGCUCAAAUAAAACACAAUGCAGGAUACAGAAGCCAAAGCUAGAGGAAAUGGAUAUAAAUAUUUUGCAGGGUCAUAGCAAGGUCUUCUUUGACUUGGAGACCACAUCCCUUAGGAUUGACUGUGAUAUUGUACAGAUUGGUGCAACAGACAACAAUGAGGAAUUCAGCAUUUAUGUAAUACCAAACAAAAGAAUAGACCCAAGAGCUUCAGCAGUUACAGGCAUAACUUUUGAACAACAUACAUUGAAAUACAGAGGCAAACCUGUAUAUGCAGUUACUCGUUCAGAAGCACUGCACAAAUUCCUGGAAUGGAUACAGUUAAGAUCACCUGUUGUUUUGUAUGCCCACAAUGCUGCAUUUGAUUACAGGAGAUUAUUUUAUGCAAUUAAAGAAGAAAAUCUUGUAGAUAGCUUUAAGCAACACAUAUUGGGUUUUGUAAAUACAAUAGCUCAGUUUAAGGUAAUAUUCCCAAAGCUCCCAAACUAUAAACAAAGUACAGUAGUGCAGAUGGUUCUUAAGAAAUCAUAUGAUGCUCAUAAUGCCUUAGGAGAUGUGAGAGCUUUGAUGGAAUUGUACAAUGUUUCCAAAUCGGAUGUUAUAUCCAAGGGCUCAGUUACAUUUUCCUCAGCUUAUGAGUGUUGGCUGUAUGAUAUUCAUGGUCAAAAGAAAACUGUGGCCUUUUGAUGAAAAUGUACUUGUUAACUAUGUAAGUAAUAGCAUAAUGUAUACAUCAUUGAGUAUUAGCAUGUCUGUUACAAUAAGAAAGAAAUAGUUGCAAGUAUUACACCAGAAUAUUAGGAGCAUUGAGGGUUUGGCAAUUUUUAUAUAAUAACUUAUUGAUAUAUGUUUUUCUACUAAGAUGAUUGUUUGACAUCAAAGCAUCAGGUUUUAUGUGAUUAUUUAAUGAUAUGAAAGAUAUUAGAAUAAUGAUUACAAAUGUGUCCAUGAAAGGUUCCUUAGUUUAGGGAGAUGCAGGCAAAAUAUGACUUGAAUUGUAUAGUCACUUAUAAGAGAAUAUUAUAUUUUAACAGAAAUCGUCUAGUUUCAUCUUUUUAUUAUAAUAUAUAUUGGUAAUAUUUUGUAAGGUAAGUGGCAGUUGCAUGUACAAUCUGUCCAAAUUAAACCCAUGUAUGUAUAGUCAUGCUAUGCCUACUGUGUUGAGUUUAUUAAUAUUCUUUACAGAUAAAUAAUUCCACAAGUAAUUAAUCACUAGUCUGUUAGUUACUAGUUUUACCUAUAUCACCUUUUUACCCUUUUCCUUGAUUUUUGGGAAUAUUUUCUUUUAUCUUAUAAUACUGCUAUUAGUAAUGUUAAUAACAUUAUAAUAAUUAUACUGUUAUUAUUUUUAUAAACAUUAUAAUUAUUAUAUUGUCUAUAAAAAUAAUAACAGUAUCUUGCUUGCUGGUUGGAUUUCUUGGCUAUCAACCAGCAGCAUAUGACCAUGUUAACGCAGCCAGUAAGAUCAUUUAGCCAAUGGAUCCUAUUCAUUAUUUCAGUCUCCUUUAGAAAAGUGUUUACUGUGUGAAUUAUUCUUACAUCAUCUGCUAGCAGAUUUGAUAUUGAGAAUAGGGAUUGAGGUGGGUUACUUUGGUGGCAUUGACAACAGGGCAGGCCAACACCACCUCCUCCCUUCUUAAUUUUCUGUGGGCUGUGUCUGACUUUGUUAGUCAGCUGCAGGAAUUUAUACUGAUAACAUCAUUAAGGAGGAUAUUUUUCCCCAAAAAUUCAAGGAAAUGUGAAUCAGGUGAGCUGACAAGGUCUAAUUGACUCCUUGGUGUAGAGACAUUUCACAAACAAUUCUGCAGUGAUCACUACAUUUUCCUGGUGGUAUUAGAUUAAGUAUGUAUAUUCAGAGUUGUAUCACAUGAAAUGUUAUUAACAUAUAAAUCAUGGGACAGGAAUACUAAAUUAUGACAUUUUGAGUCAAACUAGACUCACUGUCAGACAUUCAAAUUGAAAUGGAUUUUAUCCAUUCUGGCUUUAUCAUUCAUUGUUCCAUAAUGUUUUUCUCUUACUUUAGCUGUGUUUACUUUUACCAUAGUGUAUAGUCUAUGUUACUGUGUUUGUAUAUGUGCAUUAUUUAUAUGUUUCAUCUAAAGUUACUUGUAGAAUACAGAGCAGUUGUUUUAGUGAAAAUAAUGGAUUGCAGUAAUUAAAAAAUAAGAGAUGAGAUAAGUUA